GCACACGAUUGGAACGGGGCGUUCCAGUCCCGCAGGAAAGAGUGUAAAUGUAAAGGUACCUAUUGUAGUAUUUCCAAAUUUCCAUAUAUGUUCUAAGGAUUUUUGGUGAAUGUUUGUUUUUAGUGACGUUAAAGAUUAAUUGUGAUAGUUUGCGACAAUUAUUAUAAACAUUUUUAUGCCGUACAGCCUUCAAGAGCUGUGGUUUUAUUUGAUAUUUGUUUAAAAAUGGUUGAAUCUUGCAGUCCGGUGAAUUGUUGCAAUAGACGGAGAAAAGAUGUGAAACUGAAGUUUCACAGCCCAUCUCAAGAACCUAGCCAUCGAAGGGUUUUGAAAAGAAAACAUGAAGAAUCCAACUCAAAAGCAACAGAACAAACUUUGGCUAUUUGGGAAGUAGUAGAAGAACCUGAAAAUGGCGAUCAUGCUGAGGAUGGAAAUAUAUUGGCAGCUGGUCCUUCAAACGUUACACAAAAUCUAGGAUUUUUAGAAUCAAGUGAACCUUCAAACAUAUGCAAUAUAAGGGUCAGAAGAUCACCAGUAUACUUUGGGGAUUUCAAAAUCUCUGAUUUAAAUAAUGUGCAGCGUCAGAAGAGAUUUUGGAAAACUGCUCAUGAAACUGUUCAUAAGUACAAAAAAAUUAACAAGUACAAUCAGUGUAAAAUUUGUAGACAAAGAAAUAAAAUAAAAAGUCUGAAUAGUCUGGUAGAUGAACUACUUAAGGAGAAGAGAAUAUCUGCAGCUCAGUCAAUAGUAUUUAAAGUAGACAUUUGA